AUGACUCCGACUCGGUCUUUGCAUGUGCAAGAAAUGGCCCUGGACAAGGAGAGCGCAAUACACCUUGAGCAAUUGCCGGCCACUGGUCUCUCUCCCGAAGACGAGGCAUUUCUCGCCGACUUCCCCGAUGAGGCCAGGAGGAAAGUCCUUCGAAAGUGGCGUCUGAUCCCCAUGCUCGUUCUUCUAUACCUCAUCACCUACAUCGAUAAAACGAAUAUAGGGAACGCGAAGAUUGAGGGUCUUCUGCCCAGCCUGGGCAUGACCGGAAAUCAGUAUAACAUCGCUCUUUCAGUCUUUUUCGUCCCGUACAUCCUGGCCGAGGUGCCGAGUAACAUCCUCUUGAACCGCUUCAAGAAGCCGUCGACUUACCUGGGAGGUUUGAUCUUCGCCUGGGGGGUGAUAAUGACCUGCACAGGCUUUGUUCACAGCUUCUCCGGUCUGAUCAUCAUCAGAAUCCUUUUGGGUCUUUUUGAGGCCGGCUUUCUCCCCGGCGCAGUUCUGAUCAUCUCUAAAUGGUAUCUCCCUAACGAGACACAAACGCGCAUUGCCAUUUUGUACACCUCAGCCGCUUCUGGGGGUGCGUUCUCGGGUCUUCUGGCCUACGCGAUUGCCAAAAUGGAUGGCAUCGCGGGCUAUGAGGGCUGGAGAUGGAUCUUCAUCAUCGAAGGCCUCGUCACUAUCCUCCUCGCAAUCAUGUGUUUUUUCCUUCUUUUGGACUCUCCCGGUCUCUCCAGUGGAUGGCUGACCCCGGACGAGAUCCGAUUCCUAGAGACCCGCCAGAUCGCCCAGAACAUUGCGCUCCCACGCAAGAAAGGUGUGGACUGGGGCGCUCUGAUCGGUGUCCUCACAGACUGGAAGAUAUACCUCCUCAUCUGGGCCAGCUGGUCCAAUGCCGUCCCCAACUACGCGCUGAAGUUCACGAUGCCCCAGAUCGUUAAGAGUAUGGGCUUCACGUCCGCCAAGGCGCAGCUUCUCACCAUUCCCCCGUACGCCGUGGGUGCAUUCUCUGCCUAUGGAUUCUCCGUAUUUGCGGACCGUUGCAGCUGGCGCAUGCCGUUUAUCGUUGUGCCACAACUGUCGCAGGUAAUCGCUUUUGCGAUUCUCUUCACCAAGGCAGCGCGAAUCAAGGAGAACGUCGCUCUAUGCUAUUUUGGCGUCUGCCUCGCCUGCUUUGGAAUGUAUCCCAUCCUACCCGGUGUCAAUGCCUGGAAUGUCUCGAACAUCCCCAACCCCACCAAGCGAGCGAUCGGUAUUGGAUAUCUCAUUUGCAUGGGCAAUGUGGGAGGAAUCAUCGGCAGCUUCAUCUACCAAGAGAAAGAGGCUCCUCGGUACCCCACUGGCUAUGGGAACUCCUUUGCUUUUGCGUCUGCGGGGAUCAUGGCAUGCUUCGUGCUCGAAUUUUGCCUUUACAGAUUGAAUCAGGAAAAGGCACGGAUGAGUCCAGCGGCGGUCCAUGAGCGCUACACCGAUGAGGAGCUCAGGGAUAUGGGCGAGAAGAGUCCGCUGUUUCGGUACAACCUGUGA